AGCAGGUGCACUGCACAGCAGCAACCAGGCCAACAAAAGAGUCCAAUUCCCCACUGACCCUAACGGCCAGUGGCACACACACACACACGCUAUUUACUAGAUAUUUGCCUGCAGACUUGCUGCUGCUACGUUUCACCGUGACAAGAUGGAUUACGACUGCAAUUGCAUUGAGGACAACAGGCAACCAAACGCUAUUCUUUACAACAUUCUCUGCAGGCCGGAGAGUAAGGCCGUCCACAACGUCAACAACCUCAACUACACGUUGGCGCCGCACAGGUGCACCUGCGAGAUGCGGAGGACGGUGUGCCUGAAAACCCCCGGCGAGACCUGCAAAACGGCCUCCGACGUGCUGGUCAAAACCAUCAACUUCAUGAAGAGCUUGCCGGCUUUCCAUCAGCUGCCGGCGAAGGACCAGCUGGCGCUCCUGCAGAGCUGCUGGGCGCCGCUCUUCAUCCUCGGCCUGGCCCAGGAGAGGGUGUGCUUCCAGGUCACGGACACCCCGGCAGCCAGCAUGCUGAAGCGCAUCCUGCUCAACCGCCACGAGGACAUGGACGCGCUGCGGGAGCAGCCCACCAUGGCUGGGGUCAACACGCUCAUGUCCUGCCUGAAGAAGUUCUGGAGCCUGGACCUGAGUCCCAAGGAGUAUGCCUACCUGAAGGGCACGAUGAUGUUCAAUCCUGAUGUCCCGGAGCUGAAAGCUGUGUUGUUCAUUGAGGAGCUGCAGCAGCAGGCUCAGCACGCACUGAGGGAGGUGCUCCUGCCCCUUCACCCCGACGACCGGGGCCGCUUCGCCCGCAUCCUGCUCACCGCCUCCUCCCUCAACGCCAUCACCCCCAGCCUCAUCACCGAGCUCUUCUUCCGGCCGCUCAUCGGCCAAGCAGACCUGCUGGAACUGCUGGCAGAGAUGCUCUUCAGCAAGUAGUGGAGUGGAGGCAGGCCAGGAUGGUGAACUAGAAUCUAGAGGACACAGGCAGUGUGUGGAGGAGAGAUGUUGACGGGGGCCGAUGCCAAGGGCCCAAUACUGAGAGAGGGCCCUAUAAAGUCACGGCUGAUAUGAAUAGCAGGUAGUGAGGAGAGGAUGAUGAACUGAAACCGAUGAUGAGGAAGGAGGAUGAACUGGCGGUCGAAGAAGGAUGAAGAGGGCCGAUGCCAAGGGCCCAGUACUGAUACAAGGCCCCUUAAAGACACUGUUAGUGUUAACUUGUCAGUCCAAUAUUCGAUUCCGAUAUUAAUGCUUGUCCAAACUUUUUUUUUGUUUUGUUAUUUGGACCAUCAUUUAGAACCCCACAUUUUUAGUGAGGGCCUUGACUGGAGUUGUUUGUUUCUUUUUGUGUUUUGUUUUAUUUUCAUUUCUUUUCUUCAGUGCAUUUAAGCAAAUAUUGUCUCGAUUUUCCGAGACACAAAACUGAACACAAAGCACUGUCAUCACCAUAGCUAUACUGUAUGUAAUAAGUAAACACAUAUGGAUGCUAGGUGUGGCGGUAUAGAAUGUAAACACAGCAUAACCCAGCUAGUGCAUGAAUACAGCACAUUUUAGACUUGUUUACAGACAACAGACAUACAGCAAUUUCUCAGGAAAAGUUACAUGUGUAAGUUCCUUACUGUUUUGGGAUUGUCAAAGUCGGGACAUUUACCCGCUGAAAAGACUUUGAUGACAGUGGAGCAUAAAUAUUUGUCUGUCAACCUUGUAAAUAUGUGAGAGUCCUAAAAAAUCCAAAAUGUUUGGAAUAAACUUUAUUUUUGUACUAUA